AUGUUACUACACGCGGCCACGGAGACAAAGGUGAUGGUGGGUAAUAAGAGUCGUGGUGCCAAGCGAUCUGGCAUGAGUGCCAAUUUGCUGCGGUUACAUGUUUUCUGGACACAUAUUCCUUCUCCCGUCUCAAAACCCGCAUCCCCUGUGAAUAAAACACAACCACAAAGAGAACCACAGUGUAACUUCAGCCUCUUAAUCGGAUUCUGGGACAGCAACGGACAUUCGGGUGAACUCACCUUUUCGGGACUCCAUCUUAGUGUUGGCAUUGAGGUCAGUGGUGAUUAUUCAGAUACCAUGUAUGACUAUGUCAAUAAUGAAUACAACGUUUAUGGUGUUAGAGUUAAGGGGUUUAACGGUGAAGUCCUCCAGCACAUUGCCACUUUUACUGUCCUAUUUGCUUCACACUAUAUUGUCUACGAAACUGUUACACCUUAUUUUUCUCAAUCCAAUACAGAUACUUUGCUGGUUUUCUUCGUUCGUUCUGGUUUGGAGGUCAAGGUUUGUCAAUUGAAUAGGGAGCUCAAUAUACCCUUGUUUGUUGACUUGGGGCAGAUGUACAUAGUGGUGGAAGUCCAAUUGUUGCUUUACUUUUUCGUCCAGAAGAAUUUCUCCUUUGGAACGGCGAAGAGGACGGCAGAAGAAUUAGUAAAAAGUGGAGAUCUUGCCAGUAGAAACAAUGGCGCUGGCCAGCGCGUGCAUAUAAUAGCAUGUCAAACUGCCAUAUUACAUAAAGAUCCCAAUAAUACCAAAAUCAGCUUGAAUAAUUUCUGUCACCACUUUAAGCGUCUUUAUCCUACUAGUAUUCUCCUCUGUAACAUUCACCUGCAUGUUCAUAUUCGUGGCAUAAUUUGGAAUCUCAGUCCAGUGUAUGAGCUGUUAAAGAAUCUCCAGCCCCCUUUUUCGAGCCCACAAGUCCUAAUCAAGGAGAAUGAGUCUCCUUCUCCUUCUGUUUUUACUCCUCUUGUCAAGGAAUUACCCGUAGCGGAUGAUACCGAGUAUCUUCAUCCACUUAAAUACUACAAAGUCGCUUACCAAUUUAAAAAUCUCCUGAAGUUUGUCAAUUCCCUAGUCAAAAAUAUCGUUAUAAAAAUGGUUCUGCUAGUGGUGAAUAUUUUUCAAGUCAUAAUUGUUGGCCCCAAUUGCGACACCGAGCUCGCUUAUGCUAUUCAAAUCUAA